UAUGGCGUAAGAGACUUAUGACUGGUUGCUAUAUCAAAUGAGUUUGUAUAAAUAUAACCACAAAAUUUAAAUUUUUUAAAUCGUAUACAAAUUUUGUUUACGGCAUAUAUUUAGUUAAACUAAUACAUGGUUUGAAAAUUUAAAAAAAAAUGAGUUUACCCACUGAUUUUGGUCCAGAUUCUGGAGGUAGAAUGAAGGGUAUCUGCAUAGUAAAACCUAUAGUAUAUGGGAACGUGGCCAGGUAUUUUGGGAAAAAACGUGAAGAAGACGGUCACACACAUCAGUGGACUGUGUACGUAAAACCUUAUAAUAAUGAAGAUAUGUCAACCUAUGUAAAAAAAGUUCAAUUUAAACUACACGAAAGCUAUGUAAAUCCAAACCGAAUAGUUGUUAAACCACCUUACGAACUAAGCGAAACUGGUUGGGGAGAGUUUGAAAUUGUAAUUAAGAUAUAUUUUCAUGAUCCAAAUGAACGACCGGUUACAAUGUAUCAUAUACUAAAACUCUUUCAUUCAAGUAGCACCCAAGACAUUGGUAUCGAACAAAGCAAAGGUUUAGUAUCAGAAAGUUAUGAUGAAAUCAUUUUUCAAGAUCCAACACAGUUAAUGCAUCAUUUGUUGACUAACACAAAGCAUUUGACUUUAGCAAGAUGGGAACAUAAUACAAACUUUGAAGAAAAGAAAGAAAAGACGUUGAAAAAUAUCCUAGAGGCCAAGCAGAAGAUCCGGAAUGAAAUUGGACUUUUGAAAAAUAAAUUAAAAUUGGCGAAAGAAACCAUUUCGACAUUCAAAGAGGAAAUAGCGAAAGCGCAAGAUAAUCAAUUUUUAGUAUAAACAAUAUUUUAAAGUUGUUAGAUUAUAGCCUUAACAAUAUUUAGUUUUCCUUUUUUCAAUCAAUACUUGUUUUUGUCUUUUGACCCUUAUAUCUUUAUAGUUCUUUUGUGACCUUGUCUCCAUCAACUAAUAUAGUUCUUCCACUUUUUAUAUCUAUUUUUGUGAUUUUAUAGAAUUUAAUGGAAUGAGAACAAUAAAACUUCAAUAUACUA